UUCUUUUUAUGAUGAUGGAAAUGUGUUUAAUAUAAUGUCUUACUUCUGAUUUCUUUUGAAAUAUGACUCACACUCCAAUAAAAUGACAAGCUGGGAUGAGAAUUGUGAAAUAAAUUGAGCUUUAUCUCAAUUUAAUUCGUGUAAGGGAUAAAAAAAAAUAACCACACUUUAUUAUACAGUUAUUAUUGUUCGAUAAAAGCAGAUUAUCCCCCGACAAAAAAUAAAAAUUUGGUGUUAACUGGAAACUAGUAUAUAAAAUUAUGAUGCUUUAUAUUAGGAAUAGAAUCAUUUUGUUUAUCUUUUUUUCUAUAUUUAUUUCUGUUUAUUAAUGAUAAUCCUUAAACCAUUUAUUGAAACAAUAGUAUUCACAGCAGGCUUUUCGAUCAGGACACAGUGGAACAACAGCGCCUCUAGUGUCUUUGACAUGACACUGACUCCACACAGAAACACGCUCUCUGACUGUCGCUCUCUUCUUCUCCGCAGGAAGACGGUUCAAACCAAAGUGGAACAGAUUCUGAGCGACGUCCAGAGGUUCUCUGACAAUGACAAGCUGUAUCUGUACCUGCAGCUUCCCUCGGGGCCCAUUUCUGGGGACAAAAGUGGAGACGCCGCCUCCUUCAACACCGCCGAUCAGCAUCACACCUGCAACUGGAUUCGAAGUCAUUUGGAGGAACACUCCGACACUUGCCUCCCGAAACAAGACGUCUACGAGACUUACAAGCGUUACUGUGAAAACCUGCAGCACCGGCCGCUCAGCGCCGCUAACUUUGGGAAGAUCAUCCGAGACAUCUUCCCGAACAUCAAGGCCCGGCGGCUCGGAGGCAGAGGUCAAUCCAAGUACUGUUACAGCGGCAUCAGGAGGAAGACGGUUCUGAACCUGCCACUGCUUCCCAACCUGGACCUGAAGAAUGACCCGGCGGAGCUGACGGAGUUGGUCCAGACCUACAAGCAGGAAGUGACGGAGGCGGCGUGCGAGCUGAUUUGCGACUGGGCCCAAAAGAUCCUGAAGCGCUCGUUCGACACGGUGGUGGAAAUCGCCCGCUACCUGAUCCAGGAGCAUAUCGUGAAUCCUCGCUGCAGCCAGGCCGAGCUAGUGGCCUCCGCCGCGCUCUCAGGAGGUCCGGCCAAGUUGCACAAGGUCAUCAAGAAAACCCCAGCGGCGUCCAAGUCAGAGAACGACUCGGUUGUGAACGUCAAGAAGGAGCCUUCAGGCUCGCAGAUGAAGCCGCCCGCACCCUCGACACUGGCCAAAGCUUCGCCAUCAAAAGACCCCGCCGCGCCGCCGUCCUCGCUGCGUCCAGCGGUGGAGGCCUUCAUGAAGCAGUUACCCAGAAUCCUCCCGCGCAGCUCGCCGCCCUCGCUAGUGACCAAAGAGGCCUCUUCAUCAGCGGCCCCCAGCAGCGGAGGGGUCAAGGUCAUCGCCAUGGCAACGCUGCCCCAGCAGCAGGGCGGCCCGCUCCCCGUCAUGAUCCUCCCUCAGAGCUGCCUGUCGUACGAGAAAGAGCAGGUGACUCCGCCCACUCCGCCGCACUCCUCCGUCGCACCGUCGCCUGUCGUCCAAAAAGGAAGCGUCGCCAAGCGUCCCCUGGAGAUGGCUGUUUCUGGGGCCGCUGCGCCUGUGAAGCGGAAACGCGGGCGACCCAGAAAACCCCGGCCAGAUGACCCCGUCCCGCUUUCGUCCCCGGCUGCUCUCGCCGCUCCCUCCCCGCCGUCCCACCAUCCCAUCCUCUCCUCCGUCAUCCAGAAAGCCACCUCUUCGUCCUCGCAGCCUCUGCUGGAGCUGCUCAUCCAGGAGCAGCCGGGACCCACCAACCACCGUGGCGUGGUGGUGCAGUGCCAGCAGCACGGGGUGGGCUCGGACUCCGCCCGCCCCACCGGACCCUUGCUGCUGCUCCAGCGGCCCGCCGACCCCUGGGAGGUCACGACGACGGCGCCGCCGCCGCGGCGGAACCCCAUGGUAGAGGUCAUCCAGAAGGCGCCAAGCAACAGCAACCCCGCUCCUCUAGCGCCACCUAUAGUGCAGGACGAGCAGCACAGACGCACAGGUGAGGCCCUGCAGGGCUGCAGUCCGACACACAGGAGCCUGCAGUAGCUCCUCCCAUUGUGGUGGGUGUGUUUUCAUCCUUCACCAAUUCACAAAGAACUUGUGGUUUUUCUACUAUGCAAACACGACGUGGUCAUGGAAUCAGAAGAUCUGCAGAGACAGUUGCACAAAAGGAAGAGUGAGACUCUGGAAUAUGCACUUUAUCCUCCUCAUCGGAAACACUUUUUUUGCUCGGGUCGGGGGGGAAUUAUUCAAAAUUUGGGGCUUAAGAUUGCACUUGAUACGACGAGUGGCACUUUAAGUUUACUGAAUAGAGAUGAAGGAGGUGCAGGGUGUUUGUGUUGGAAGUGAAUCUCCUGUUUAUUUGAGAGCAGAAGUUAGGAGCCGACUGGUGGUUCUGGUUCUGAAAAGCUGCUUCACUUCACCAUUGUCAGUUACCAAUAUGACAAUGAUAGUUUCACUCAUGUUUACAUCCUGGUCCUCGAUCUGUGACGUCCUGGUUCUUCUGGGAUCUGGGUCAAACACAAGUCUCGUGUCUGUCAAGAUCCUCUACCGGUCAUCUUCAGCCUCCUCCUGCAUCAGCCCGAGCCGUCUCUUCAUGUCCGGUUCCAGGGAUCUGUUUCAAAUCUGGGUCGGUCUAGAUGGUGGUAUUGUCAAGACUCUGGUCCAGACACACACACACACACACACACACUGCAGUACGAAGGCAGAACUGUUGAAGUGAAGGUGCCGUUAAACAGAAAAAGCUGCUAAAGAACAAAUGUACCUCAAAACUGCGACGAAAAUACUUUCAAAGAGGAAAAAAGAAAUGUAUUUUUUGUGGAGGAAACAAAGUGUCCAUAGUCUGUGGAAAGCAAACGGGUCACAUAAUCAAAGAAAGAAGGAUCGGAUAUUCGGGUCGGGCGCACGAGCCUCAACACUAAUGUAGCCGGAAAGUGCGGGCUGUCAAGUUGGACUUUUAAAGCUCUCUGCUGCCAUAUAUGUGAUUUUAGGUUGUACAGUCAGUGUUUUAUUCGCGAGCGUUUUGGGGAGGAGGGCGAGUUUUCCCAAAAACAAUCUAAAUAUCCUGCAUGUUUCUGUCUUUUCUAUGUUUGUUGGUUUCACUUUGUAAAAGUCCUGAGAUGGAAAUGAACUGAAGGAAACAGUUGUUUACUAACAUAAAAAGUGGGCCUUAACUUUUGCAUUCAAACUAGCUUCAUCAUGAAGUUUCUUUUUCUCCCAUGCCAAGUAAAAGUUGGAAAAAAAAGGUGGAGCAGCACGGUGGUACAGUGGUCCGUGACGUGUGCUCGCAUGUAAAUGUACCAUGGUUAUGUUCUCUUAACUGUCCCCAGUUUUGGAGUUUGUGUUGAAGCACUGACGUCGUGUGGUGUAAGACGAGUCCUGUUUUGAUUUCAGCCGAAGUUGUUGACUUCUAUUGUGUCUUGUGCUUCUCUGUGCUGCAGCUUUAUUGUGUUUGUAUGAACGCCGCUCACCUGGCCCAGGUGUGGAGCAAACAAAUAAACUACACACUUGUUUGGUUUGGGACUUGUUGUAGCAAUACAAGGAGCCGAAGUGCGGAAUACAAUUCCAUACAAAAAUCGCCAGGAAAUUCGAUUCAAAUGGAAAUAAAUCACCGAGAAGCUGCAGGCCAUUUCUUUUAACCCAGUAUGCUGCUCAUGCUUAAGGAUUGAAGAAGCAUCAGUGGAAGCAGCCUGGUGAGGGUCGGGACAGGAAGUGGUUGUACAAAAUAAAAGCAUAUUGGAAUUGAUCUUGCAGUUGUUACGGUUUAGCUAUAGAUGAAGCUGCUUUACAAGUUUGCUGGUUCGAUUCCAGCCUAAGGCAAUUGUAGGAACAAACCUCCGUCCUUUGGAGGAAACUCAGAUUUCUUCCCACAUAUUGACAUACAGAGGUCAUUUGUCUCCACACAAAUCAGAAUCAGAAAACUUUAUUAAUCCCAAGGGAAAUUAUGUUCC